AGCUUGAACCAGUGUCGCAACUUGGUGUUUUAAUAUUUUUUUUCCCAGUGAAAUGAAAAACUCCCCUCAAACCUACAGGAAACAUGCCAGAUUAACAGAUGUUACCAGCUUCUAAUAUAUCCAAAUAAAAAAAUUUUUUAAAGCCCUAAUACAUUACUUUAACUCAAGGAUUUACUGCCUUUGUCUCGGCAGCAGGAAUGAAUAAUUUAAAAUCUAACAGUGAGGGUUUGAACUUGGAUAGCUGAAAGAUAAUGAUGAUCAAAUUGAAACAAUAAAAAGUGUUUUGCAACUCAUUGGGCACAAAGCUUCUCCCUGGAGGUUCGGGGUAGCACCAGCAAUGCCCCUUCAUUACCAGGGCUGUUUUUUGGGGUAAAUAUCUACCUGAACAAUCUGCCUUUACCCCAGUAUGAUCAGUAGAAACAGAGGGGACUUAUUAAUGGCCCCAACACAUCUACUCUGGUAGUUCCUGCAGUUAAAAAGCACCUUAAUUACUUCACUCUUGACUCCCAGCAGCUGGUGUCACAAUUCUCCAUCUGUUCGAUUAGAGUAGGUCAGUUUCUACUGCAUGACGCUGCUUCUACAGGAUCCCUCUUAAAUAAAGAAAGUUUCCAGAUCGUAACAUGUGGUAUUUGAUGUCUUGUCAAACCUCGGCUGCUCCUGUAAGAAAAAAAAUAUAGAAAUAAAAAGUAAGUCACUAAAAUUCAAACUUCUUUCAAGCGUUAGUUGCAUGGAAAUUUGGACAGGGGAUGAAGGUGUUUUUGUUUCUUUACUUUUGAAGACGGUGGUGGUCAUGUUCACUACCAUGGAAUAGAAGACGUGUAUUUGUGUGUGUAUUUUGCACGCUGAAAGGUGGCAGUGAUAAAUUUACGGCACGUGUUUAUGGGGGGAUCUUUGUGCGUCUGCGUGUCUCUCGGUAUUAAAGUCUCAGUGACCCGAAAAGGUCCUGAUGUCAGCAGGCGGGCAGACAGAUGCUCUGCAGAGGGAGACGGAGUCUGUGAUGGUACACGCUCGUGUAUGUAUGCACGUUGUGUGUGUGUGACCUUUGGGUCAUGGUUAAACCCACUCAUUCACCCCAACAAUGAGGAGGAAGGGGGAGAUGCUUCUCCCCUGUUCACUCCCUCUUCUGCCAGUCCAGCAGGGCUGACUCUCCUCUCAUCACCUGCCUUCCUUCUUUACCUUCUUUGUCUUCUUGUUUUCUAAAAAUGGCCUCCAUUUUCUCCCAUUAAGUCUGUUUCUUUAAAUCAUAAAGUUGCGUCAAUUUAUCAGUUUGCAAAUUGAUGAAUAUGGCAUUAUUCAACAUGUCUGAAUAAAUCUUGUAUGCAUCCAAUACAAUCAACAAACCGAAUGACCUGUUAAUCGUUGCUUCUAAUACUUCUGAUCAUAUUAUCAGUGUAAGGCAGGUGAACCGAUUCUGGUAGACUUUGACUAAACUGACAUUUGUGCUGCUUUUUAAAAUUCACACAUGUUCACACGUGUGAAUGUGUGUGGGGGUCAGAACAGGGAGGGAGCGCAGCUGUCAUUUACGUUUCUGUCGUUCACUCUGCCGAAAGGGAACCGUGGUCAUUUAAUGAGAUUAUUCUCCCUCAAUAGACUCUGCUCACACACACGCACAAACACACACAUUCAGCCCGGAGCAGAUGGCUGCGGUAGUAAACAGUAACUUAUGUUAGCUGUUAUAAAGAGCCGAGUCUGUUCAUUGGUAUCGACAGCAGGUUUAGUGAAAAUGGCCCCUCGAGAUCAAAGUUUGAAGCAGCCGCAGCUUGAUUUGAAAAGCUUGUCACUUUCGCCGGAUGAAUAGCAUGUUGAAAUACCGUCUCAUGGUGUUAAAGUGGCUUCAUUAGAUUGUUCGUUUAUUGUCAUAGAGCCUUAAUAGUAAAAUACCGGCCCUAUUGCCUUAUGUUUUAAAGUAAACUAAGAGAUGGGCCGUUUGAUGAUGGAAGGUGGUGAGGAUUUAGAAUAUGCUGACAACCCACUGCAACUUUCUGAAUCAGUUUUUCACAAGGAAAGAGAGACUGUGUUGACAUUUGCAGCUUUUUCAAAAGGGAACAUUUCUGUAGCUUCACAACUAAUAGCAGCUGUUUGGUUUUGCAGAAAAUAUUUGUGAAUAAAUGACAGAUGUUUCUAGAAUGUUUAAAAACUGUUGAAUUAACUAAUUGAUCACAGUAGAUCUGGAGAAUUGUUUGCUUUAAGUUUGUGCAUAUUCACUAUAUGUUUGAAUAUUUUUAUUCAAAAGUCUGUGUUUCCUUAUAAAAACAGAAAUUGGAAAAUGUAAAAAAAGAAAAGAAGUGAUUGUUAGCGCACCCUUUAUUGCUGCAGCUAUAACUUUAUAUCAGAAUUUCUACAAAACCUGGAAGUUUGGGAUCACCGGCAAGUUUAAUCUGGAAUUUGACUUCUUUGUUUUCCGUAUGUGAAUCAUUAUGAAAAAAAAGAAACAUGUAACAUGUAACUCAUAAAUAUUUGAGCUUUUGCUUCAUUCCUUUUUCAUGAUCAAAAAGAUAAAAAUCUAAAUUUAUGAAAAAUAAAGCCUCUCAUCUAUCUUUGACUGAUUAUCAAUAACUCAAAUGGUCAAAUUUGUUGGAUAAAAACUCAAAUCGGAAAUUGAACUUAUUUAAAAAAUAUCAGUUUCUGCUUUUUUAGCCUAGAUAAUCUCUUAAAAAUUAGAAGGAUAAAUAAAAAACAUUGAAAUUUCUUUUUUUUCCCCUAACAUUAAUUCAUGCAAACAAAAUUUAAGGUAUUAAGGGCUAAAAUAUGCCAUUUAAAAAAUCUGUAUUUGUCCAGGUUAACCCAGAUUUGACUAAUCUGAAUGUGAGCGAACUGCUGAAGAUGCUGAAACUGAACUAUUCUAAGGUAGUAGAGAUGGGAAGAAAGAAGUGGAAAAUAAGUACAGUUUCUAUAACAUGUAGAAACUAAAACCCAGCUUGCUGUCGUGAUCUAUGUUUUUCUGUAUGUUUAUUUCUAGUUUCCUGUGUGUCUGAGUCUCUGUGUUGUCCUGUCGCCCCGUGAUUAGUCCCCAGGUGUAUCUCGUUCCCUGAUUUCCUCUUGUGUAUUUAGUGUCACCUGUGUGUGUCUGUCUUCGUCGGGUCCUACGUCAUUGUACGUCUGUGUCAGGUCUUGCUACGUCUUCGAUUGUCGAGUCCUCGUAAUUGCCUGUUGCUACCUGUGUUGAGCAUUAGCCCUCCGCUCAGCAGUGCUGCCAGGCUAAAACCCUCCGGAAGCUAAUCCAGCAAACAUUCAAGCAGGUGGCCAAUCUCAACGACGAGCAGUGCAUCCUCAAGUUCCUGGAGAUACUCGCACCGAUUUACCGCUACGACAAAGAGUUCUUUAAAUGUGCCCUGGGGUCCAGCUGGGUGAUUCAGGUAGAGUUAGCCAUCGGGCCAGAAGAAGGCAUCAGUUACCUCACUGAUAAGGGAUCAACGCCAACACAUUUAGCAAACUUUAACCAAGUCCAGUCCAUCCAGUACUCAGCUAUGGAGGAGAAAGACAGGAAAGGCAUGCUACAGCUAAAUGUAGCCGGAGCUGCUGAGCCUCUCACAGUUACAACAGCGUCGCUCACCACGGCGGAAAACUUGGCUGAUUUGAUUGAUGGUUACUGUCGGCUCGUCUCCAUGGAAACGCACUCGUUCAUUGUCAGAGUACAGAAAGAGGGAGAGAGAGCUCUGCCUUCCAUCCCAAAAGUUUCCAACAAUGAUAAAAAGUUAGAGGCAGUCCGGAGCGGCGUGAGAGCGAUCUCUGUUUCUGAAACCUAUUGCUGGAGACUCAUUGUCUUGGAAAAAAUAGUUCAAGAAGACCUUAGCGGGGACGAGACCGACGACUAUGCAGAGAUAGUUGAUGAAGAGGAUACGUACACCAUGCCCUCAAUGAGCUAUGGAGUAGUUGAAGCACGGGAUUAUGAGAUCCAGAGAGACAGAAUAGAGUUGGGUCGCUGCAUCGGAGAGGGUCAGUUUGGUGACGUUCACCAAGGAGUCUACAACUGCCCGGACAAGCUGCCUCUACCUGUUGCCAUCAAAACCUGCAAAAACUGCACCACAGACAGCGUCAGAGAGAAGUUCCUUCAAGAAGCCUUAACGAUGCGUCAGUUCGACCACCCUCACAUCGUUAAACUGAUCGGCGUGAUCACAGAGAACCCGGUGUGGAUCAUCAUGGAGCUCUGCACGCUCGGAGAGCUGCGGUCGUUCCUUCAGGUGAAGAAGUACAGCCUGGACUUGGCCACCCUCAUUCUGUUUUCCUACCAGCUCAGUACAGCGCUGGCCUACCUGGAGAGCAAACGCUUUGUGCACAGAGACAUUGCAGCACGUAAUGUGUUGGUCUCGUCUGUGGACUGCGUGAUGCUCGGAGACUUUGGUCUGUCUCGAUACAUGGAGGACAGCUCUUACUACAAAGCUUCUAAAGGUAAACUUCCUAUUAAAUGGAUGGCACCAGAAUCGAUCAACUUCAGGAGAUUCACCUCUGCUAGUGACGUUUGGAUGUUUGGAGUGUGUAUGUGGGAGAUUUUAAUGUACGGCAUCAAGCCCUUCCAGGGGGUGAAGAACAACGACGUGAUUGGCAGGAUAGAAAACGGGGAGCGGCUGGCCAUGCCUCCCCAGUGUCCACCCACCCUCUACAGCCUGAUGACCAAAUGUUGGUCGUACGACCCCAGCAAGAGGCCACGCUUCACUGAACUCAAAACACAACUCAGCGCUAUACUGGAGGAGGAGAAGGGUAUACAAGAGGAGAGACUGAGGGAGGAGAUGAGGAGGCAGGUCACCGUUUCCUGGGACUCUGGAGGUUCAGAUGAAGCUCCACCUAAACCCAGUCGACCAGGCUAUCCCAGUCCUCGCAUCAGUGGAAGCUUCUUUUCCACCUCGCAACACAAUCCCUUCCAGCCGUCGCCUGGUGGUGUUGGAGGAGUAGGAGGCAGCUAUUCCCCUCCUGACUCGUGGAAUCAGCUCAGACCUGAACAUGCAACACUGUGGAACCCAAAUAUGGAGGAGAGACUGGAUGUGAACCAGGCUCUGAUGGAGGAGACGCUGAUAAAGCAGCAGCAGGAGAUGGAGGAAGACCAGCGGUGGCUGGAGCAGGAGGAGAGCCACAUGAAACCAGAGUCCAGGAACAGCAGAGGCAGCAUCGACAGAGAAGACGGCACUUUGCAGGCUCCGGGAGGAAGUCAACAUAUCUACCAGCCUGUCGGGAAACCAGAGCAUGUAGCCCCUCCCAAGAAGCCGCCCCGCCCUGGAGCUCCCCUCACCAACCUGGCCAAUCUGAGCCCAGUGGACAGCUACAACGACGGAGUCAAGCCGUGGAGGCUCCAUCCCCAGGAGAUCAGCCCACCCCCCACUGCCAACUUGGACCGCUCGAACGACAAAGUGUAUGAGAAUGUGACGGGGCUGGUUAAAGCCGUGAUUGAAAUGUCCAACAGGAUCCAGCCUGCUGCGCCAGAGGAGUACGUCCCCAUGGUCAAGGAUGUUGGUCUGGCUCUGAGGACUCUCCUGGCAACGGUGGAUGAAACGAUUCCUGUGCUGCCAGCCAGCACACACAGAGAGAUUGAAAUGGCCCAAAAGCUGCUGAAUUCUGACUUGGCCGAGUUAAUAUCAAAGAUGAAGCUGGCACAACAAUACGUCAUGACGAGUUUACAAAAGGACUACAAGAAACAGAUGCUAAUGGCAGCUCACGCUCUGGCGGUCGAUGCCAAGAACCUGCUGGACGUCAUCGACCAAUCACGACUCAAGAUGAUCAGCCAGAUCCGCCCACAGUAGUCCUGGAUCCAGGCUGUGGGGGCCAGCAGAUCCGUACCCGGACUGUUUGUUGGAUGUCUGCGAUGGAUAGAUGAAAACAAGGGACAGAUGUGUGACAUGACUGAAACAAUCAGCCCUCAUUUUCUCCUCUGAAAAACAUCCACCGCUUCCCUUCUUUCUGGAAACACUUGCAUUUUGGUCCAUUUUAGUAUUUUCUACAUUGUUUGCUCGUGUAUCCAGAGAAACACUAUCACCGAUCAGAAAACUUACGAAUACAGAGAAAAACAAAGGAUUUGAAGGACGUCACAAAAAAAGUGAAACUGAAGCCAUGUUGAAAAGGACAAUGAAGAUGUUUUAUAAUAUUUUAAAUGUGCUUUUGUAACUAUAUUGUUGUUGUCAUCUGCCUUGAUCAUUGCAGUAUGUCCGUUAGAUCUCCAGUCUUCCCUUUGAACAAUAUAUGAGUAAUUAUUUACAGUAGAGCUGCCCACUAAAGUCAUAACAUCUCAUUCCCCCCGCCUCUAAAGAUCACUUUAUCUCAGGUGGCAUGACAGAUGGUUUGUUUUUCUUUUUUACAGCAACAGUUUUUGUUUUUUUUCUUAGCGGAAAAAAAUCGAAAACUGCUACCUUACACUGUUUAACUUAACAUAAAUAUUAAUAUACAAAAAAGGUUUAUAUUUAACAUAAAUCUGAGUUAUGAACUGUAAGGAAACAUGGAGAGAGAAGACUGAGGGCAGAGCGGAGGGGACAAACAGAGAAGAGACUUCAGGACUUCCUGAACCACAUGUUUGCGAUUUGACUGACUAGGGCCGCGUCAUUUUCAAGCCUUGAUGAUGUUAAGAAUUUCAAACAGACUAAAAUGAUCUACAGUCCUCUCACUAACAUGAAGUAUGCAUCGUUAAAUCAAUAAAAUACCGUUUUUUUGUUUUUUUUUAUGUAGCAGAAAUGUUUCCAGUUUUGGAAAAACUGCUUUUCUCAACAUGAAUCAUUAUUAUUAUAACUGGCUAGAGAGCGUAACUAAAAAUACGAUGUUGUAAAAAGAAAAUCCCCUCAUGGUUGUGCUGUUUCUCUCCCUCUCCACGCAAGAGUUGUUUUUGUCUCUUUCUCUUGUUUUGCAUCUUUAUUUCUCUGUUACCUUUCCAGUUCUUUAGUUCCUCCUUCCUCAUUUCUUCCCUCUCACCUGUGCUGAGCAGUUUUCUCAGGAAGGAGACACUUGUAUAGUUGCUAAACUAAGCAAAUAAAACACUAUUAUUAUUAUUAUUAUUAUUAU